UGGUAACUUCGGCCAAACCAGUUCAAAUUUGUAUCAUAAACUGUAUUAUUCUGGUUUCAAAACAAAAGAACCCAUUUUUGGAUUGCCCAUACUCCGAUAUCUACUUCUCUAUCUUUAUACUCUAUUGGGUUCUGCUAGUUUUCUUCUAUACAUUUGUUCACAAAAAGAAGUGGAGCAGUUGAUGAGUUUUUGUGUACCCAGAACUCGUUCUCAACUAUUAAGGCGUAGUUUUCACUUGGGCAAGCAGUUCUCGAACCCAACUGGUGCUGCUGAGGACAUUGUUUUCAGAGCAAUUUGUGUUAAUGUCAAACAGAAGAAAUGGAAGUUCUUGGAGCAAAUCACUCCCAGUCUCACCGAUUCCUUGGUGAGUCGUGUUCUUCGCGAGUUUCACAAGUCGCCCAAGUUGGCUUUAGAAUUUUACAAUCGGAUUGGAGAGAGCAAAAAAAUUUCACUCUCUUUAGAAUCUUCUUGUACUUUGAUUCACGUUUUUGUCAAUUCAAGGAGAUACGACCAUGCUCUGAGUCUAAUGGGAAGUCUAAUGAGUUCAAAUGUGGUUUCUCCAUUGAAGAUUUUAGAAGGUUUGGUUAAGAGCUAUGAUGCAUGUGGUUCAUGUCCAGCUGUGUUUGAUGCAUUGGUUAGGGCUUGCACUCAGUUUGGAGCGACCGAAGGUGCUUAUGAAGUUAUGGAGAAGCUUAGGAUGGAUAGUUUUUGGGUAACAAUUCAUGCUUGGAAUAACUUUCUUAGCCAUCUUUUGAAGUUGAAUGAGACAUGUAGGUUUUGGAGUAUGUACAGGGAAAUGGUUUCAUUUGGGUAUGUUGAAAAUGUAUAUAGUUUUAAUUUGGUUGUUUAUGCUCUUUGUAAAGAAUGUAAAUUGCUUGAAGCAGUCUCAGUUUUUUAUAGGAUGUUGAAGAGUGGUGUUUGGCCUAAUAUUGUCACUUUUAACAUGAUUAUGGAUGGAGCCUGUAGGAUGGGUGAUUUGGAAUUUGCUUUGAAGCUUUUCAAGAAGAUGGAAGUCAUGUCAGGUGAGUGUGUAAAGCCCAAUUCAGUCUCUUACAAUUGCAUUAUUAACGGGUUCUGCAAAAUUGGUGCUGUUUUUUUUGCUGAAAAACUUCGAAAUGAAAUGAUUAAGGCUGGUAUAGAGUGUAAUGUUAGGACUUAUGCAACCCUAGUAGAUGGGUUUGCGAGAGUUGGGAAUUUGGAAGAUGCACUUAGAUUGUCUGAUGAAAUGACUGAAAGAGGUCUGACCCCUAAUGCUGUUGUUUACAAUACAGUCAUUCAUUGGCUUUAUGCAGAAGGUGAUAUGGAAGGAGCUUCCUUGCUUUUCUCUGACAUGGUUGAAAAACAUAUAUGUCCUGAUCAGUUCACCUAUUCGAUCCUCAUAAAUGGGCUAUGCAGAAAGGGGAAUGUGAAUGAAGCUCUCAAGCUUCAUAAACUAGUACGCGAUAAGAAAAUUAUAGAAGAUAUAUUUUCUUACAAUAUCCUUAUCAAUCAUAUGUGCAAAACUAAGAAUUUGGCAGCAGCCAAGCAGUUGUUGGGCAGUAUGUUUGUUCGCGGUCUACCUCCAGACCUUGUCACUUAUGGCACCUUUAUUGAUGGUUACUGCAAAGAAGGGAUCAUUGAAAGUGCAGUUCAAGUUUAUGAAAAGAUGAUUAAGGCUGACAAGAAACCCAAUUUGGUGAUGUACAACUCUGUUAUGAAUGGUUUAUGCAAGGAAGCAUCAGUUGAUGUAGCAGAAAUUUUAUUUGAUGAGUUAAUGAGUAUUGGGACUUUUGAUGCCACUACUUUUAACACGUUGAUAAAUGGAUUUUGUAUUACGGGAAACUUUAAGGCAGCGUUGGAUUUGGUUUCAGAAAUGAGAAAGGUGGGAGUCUCUUCCAAUGAAGUGACAUUCAAUACAUUAGUCAACUUUUUGUGCAAGUUGGGGUGCUUCCAACAUGCAAAGGAGCUUAUGAAGGUGAUGAUAGUUCAUGGUGUAGUUCCUGAUUUUAUAACAUAUACCACUCUGAUUACCAGUUUCAUUAAGAAUUGUAGUCCAGAAGAGGUUAUUGAACUGCAUGACUAUAUGUUGAUUAAUGGAGUAAUUCCUGAUAGGCGGACGUACAAGGCUGUUGUCCGUCCGCUUUUCCAAGAAGAAAAUGCCAAGAAUAGCCGAGCAGAAUGAGUUUUUACAGAGUUUAACCAGCAUUUGUUCCCACAACGUAGGCCUCAAGACAAAGGAGAAAUAUUUUCUUGUUAUGUCUUUGUUCUGGCGCAUGCAUGUUUUUUUUUCUUCUUCUGUACACAGGAAUUUUACUUCUUUUUUAAGGCAAGGCUGCUGGUGUAUGCAGAGAAAUUGUGCAGAACUAGGAAUGUGUUUUUUCUUAUACAGUCAAUCAUUCUUCAAUUAACUACAGAUUUUCAAAAUUUUAUAGAUUAGUUCCUCAUUUAUUUCACAUAAGGUGGUCUUCGAGGACUGUGUCUUUAGUUAAGUAAUUUUUGCAUGGGAGUAGGCAGGGAAGGAGUAGUGGUUUCUUGUUGAUUUUUUAAAUUUAAUUUUUUUUGGUUAUAUUAAACUUUUGUCAUUGUAAAAAUUAUUGUUUAAUACAUUUUUGUUUUUUUGUUUCCCCCCUACUAUAAAAUUAAAUAUUAUACUUUUAUUUGUCCCAUUACAAAAAUAGAGCCACAAAUUCCUUUGUUUGAGAUUUGGCUGAAAUUCUUUAAAUUUACUGUUCUUCUUUCUCUUCUCGUGAAUCCUAUCUUCAAAUUAAUCAGAUUCUGGAUUCAAAAAGCUAAAAGUUGAUAUUUUGCUCAAAUAGAGACCCCAUGACCAAUAAUAUGUGGCGCACCAAGAUUGUAUUAUUUAUUAAGAUAGUAAGGCAUCAUACUAGUUAGCGUGAUUGUGUGAGUAUAUAUUCUUUUUGAGUUUUCGAUAUUAGUUUAGUGGAAUGUAAAGUCUAUUAAAAAAAAUGAAAUUUAGAGUCUCCUUUCGCUUGUGAUAUUACUCUUUAAAAUGAAUGUUUAGAUACCUUACUAGGAGUAAAUUCUUGGCAGUCAUGGUGCAUUAUUAACAUAUCUUAUAGCAUAAAAGAAAAUCUAAAGUCGUAUAGCCGCAUAUACCCAAUGAGAUUCACUUAAAGGUAGAGUCAGUCAAGUCUGGUGGUAACUGACUGAGCCAACUCGGAUCAUGCCAUGGAAGUUAGGACCCACUCUCAAAUUCCUGACCAAACAAUAAUAUUACCAACGGUCUAAAUCCUUAUCUCCGAACCUCAUCCUUUCCCUCGCUCUUCUUCCUCCACUCAUUUUUCCCACUCUAUUCCUCCAUAUCAGAACUAACACAUGAUGAAGAUAAGAUUUCAUAUAGGCAAAUACCAUCUAAAAUACCCCAAAACCCACUUAACAGACCCUCUUCUCUGCUCAUCCACACCACCUCUUCCACCAUAUCCAACCCCCUCGCAGAGCUUCGUGAAGAAAAGCAAUCAUGUCUUGCUCAAAUCUAACAAUGUGGGUCUCAUCAAAACCUUCCCUUUCCGACGCUUCAUCCCUAUCCUCCCGCUCGUUUCU